AUGCCUCCCCUCCCUCUUGACGAGCGCAUAGUGGUAAUUCAGCGGCCUAAAAGCCUGGGCUUGUGCGUGGCCUCUCCACCAGCCACCUCUCAGUCUUCCUCACGUCUUACCACCCGCAACGAGCCCCCACCCCGUUUAUCAUACACCCAACCUCCUCUAUCCCAUCCCCAUCUACCCUCCAAUUCUUCGUCCCUGGAAUGCAGGCACAGGCACUUACCCCAUGGGCAAAGAGCCAAGGGCGAGAGAGGCGGCAGUACAGAGGACAGCAGCUGGAUCCCUAGUCACUGUCACAGCAAUGGGACUGUGACUCUGGCUCCCAGACCUUACGCACACACUCAUACCAUUGACAUUAAAGUAUCAGUGGACAAAGGAAGGACAUAUUCAGACAAAAGGUGCACUAACAGCUUGACUCGAGGUGAAAGUGGCAGAGAGAGCAGAGCCCAGAGGUUGUCUUCGCACUUAGCUCCAGGGCAAAGUGACAGGAAAUUCAGAGGAAAGUCUUCAGACACCAUUGAGAGGCACCAGAUCAAAGCUCAGUAUAAUAACCACUAUCAGAACAACCUCACAGUGUCACCCGGUGGGGUGUUGGAAUUUGUUCCAGCCCAAAGACAACAAUCUAAAUCUAGGUGGACAAAAGAGGAAGAGUUGUUAUCAAAUCCACGUUUUACAACUGCCAACUACAGGGACGUGCCUUCUGUUGGUAACAAAGAAAACUCCAAACUGGGAAGUGUCCAUCAGCCUCCCAAGCCCCACAGUCUAUCCCAUCACCUUAGCUCUACUCCAUCGACCCAUGCAUCCAUCCUAAAUACCCACUAUCAGGUGACCCCAAACCCUGUCCCCUUCUGGGGCCCAUCUUCCUUCCCACAAGUCAGUCAAAACCGGUCCUCACGUAUCAGAGAAACACACCCCCCGAUCCUCCACAGCUUGCCGUUAUCUCCAACCUCUUCACGUGACGGCUUCCCUAGCCCAGAUCACACUUGCACUAUUGACUUUUCUCGUCCAUUCAACUGUGACUGUUGGAGGCUGGUGUGCUGUAGAGGAAGGGGAACUCACUCAGCUGGCUACAAAGGGGGUACUGGAAGUCCAUCUUCUUCAUUUUCCCGAGGCCAAAGAGUAAAUUCAAACAACAUAGGUGACGGUGCCAUGGGAUUGAAGAAAUUAGGAGGGUGUCUGUCCACAGGUUCAACCACAAACACCUCUUCAUCCAACAGCACUGUCUCAGAAUGCCGGACAGGGCUUCUCCCACCCCUGGGCUGUGCAUCCUGUUCAGGGGAAGGUGGGGGUUUUGAGAGUCCUGCUGCCUUUCACAAAAAAUUGGUUGGUGGUUGUCUACCCUGUGCCCCAUUCUCUCCAUCUGCUCCUUUGCGUGCUCUGCAAAGUUGUGUCAGUGGCUGCAACCCCAAAGCAAGCCAGGCCGGUAGCUCUACUUGUAGUUACUGCAGUAGUGAUCCUAUAGUAGUGACUUUUAACCCACACAGAGGGAAACCUCCUGGCUUUUCCCACAAUGCUGGGGUGCAUACCAUGGGAGGUCACCAACACGACGACGAUGAUUACAGCGUGCGCACAAUUUGGCCUGAUGAACUUGCAAAAAAGAUGACUCACUCUAAAGCCCAAGCUAACCAUCAUAAUGUAGGGAUGAGGAUGGGAACAGGAAACUCUUACAUGGGGCAUAACCAGAGUACCAGUAAUGGAACCAGUCCAGUCAUUCUAGACUGCCGUAAUCUUCUCGAGUUUACCCGCUCCCAACUCACUGACCAUGCAGGACGACGGCGACUCCAGCAAGGCAAGAUGGCAGUUUUGGACUUCAUGGGGUCAGGAAACAGGAGAGACCCAGGCCAAGACUCUCUGAAAAGGCUCUUUAACAAGGAAGGUGAUGCUGGAAUGGGAAAUGAUGAUGGUCUAGAUGAUAUGUUUCCAAGCUCCCCAUCCCAUCACUCUCUAACUCCUGAGUCUUCAUCCUCCUUCUCCCCUCCACCAUCAGCCCCUGGCACCCUGAUCAAGCCCAAACCAAGAGGAAGAGAUUGGGAGGGUGGGCACUCCUUACCAUCUGCUCAGUCACUCCAUUUGGUCCUUAACUCAUUCAAUAGAGACCAAGAAGAGGAGAAGAGGAGAGUGCACCUCUCCCUUCCGCUCUCAUCCUCCCUCCCUGCAUCUCUGUCGGAUGAGAGUGUAAUGACUCCAGAUGUGGAGAACGCGGUAAUCAGCCCCAUUCUACCUUUCCUUUUCUUGGGGAAUGAAAGAGAUGCUCAGGACCUGGACCUGCUGCUGCGACUGAACAUCAGUUAUGUGGUCAAUGUCACCACCCACCUGCCGCUCUAUCACCUGGAUACGGGUCUGGUACGCUACAAGCGUCUACCUGCGACUGACAACAGCAAGCAGAAUCUCAGACAAUAUUUUGAGGAGGUCUUUGAGUUUAUAGAGGAGGCUCACCAAAGUGGCCGAGGUGUGUUGAUUCACUGCCAAGCAGGCGUGUCUCGUUCGGCGACCAUCGUCAUUGCUUACUUGAUGAAGCACACCCUCAUGACCAUGACCGAUGCUUAUAAAUACGUGCGGAGUCGCAGACCGGUGGUGUCUCCCAACCUCAACUUCAUGGGCCAGCUGCUGGAAUUUGAGCGAGAUCUCAACUCCGGUGUUACACCUCGAAUCCUAACACCCAAGCUGAGUGGCCUGGAAACACAAGUCUAA